AAAGCGCCAUUGCGCAUGACAGUCAGUGCGGCCUUGCAGACUGAAGAGCGCUGCCAACAAAGGCCGAGUCGAUGGGGUUACAAAAAGAUUGUUAAUUUGGACAUCUAAACCCUUUUGUUGUUGUAAUUAUAAUUUUAUAUAGGUUGUGAAUCUGUGAUUACGUUUAAGAAAUGUGUGCAUGAUAUGAAUCGUGGCGACUAGCAAAGGAGUCAGCUGGUCCACAGUGCGAAUAGUGAAUAAGAAAUGGCGGCCUUGCCAGCAGGUGUUCAGUAUCCGUUAUCAUCGGAGUCUAGUUAUAAAGAAAACAAGGAACUAGUGUUUGUGAAAUUAACGGAUUCUGCACUGAAAGCUAUAGAAGAUUUUCUUAGAAAUAACAGGGACCGAUUAGCUAAACCUAAAAUACAGUUCCUACCCGGAAAUGAAGGGAAAAUUUCCAUUCCGACUCCUACCGGUGGCAAUGGACCAUCGGGUGAAGCUACGUUUCGCUUCAGCAUCAAUAGUAAUACAGAAAUGGAAGGUCCACAGGGUGCGUUUGAAUGUGUUAGGAGCGGUGGCACGCGGCGUUUGGAGUCGUGCGGGCCGCUACCGCGAAGAAUGCGCGUCCAAGCCAAUGACGACUCGUACGAGGCCACAAAAGACCGGAUGGCGAAAACGGUCGCCGCGGAGCAGAGUAAAUGCACCCGCGUGAUUAAACCUAACAUGACGGACAUUGGAAGGCGUGUAAAAGUACGACACUCGUACGUGUCAAACAAUACCGCCGGUCAACUCGCCGAUCGACCUGACCGGGCCGACCGACCGGAGCGUCCGGAUCGACCCGAUCGGCCCGACAGACCUGAUCGAUCAGAGAGACCGGAGCGGGUCGAGAGAGGCGACCGGGUGGAGCGCGUGGAACGGCCUCAGGUGGCGGCGAACGUGCCUCGUCCUCAACCCGCGCCGACGCAGCCCCAUCAGCCGCCCCAGCACCAAGCGACGCAUCAUCAGCGUCCGCCUCAUAACCCGGAUCUCACUAGGAGAUCUUUGAAAGAAAGACUUAUACAAUUAUUAGCAUUGAAACCGUUUAAGAAACCCGAAUUGUACACUAGAUUAUCCUCCGAGGGGAUCAAGGAUAAAGAGCGGAGCGCCGUGAACAAAAUACUACCGCAGAUUAGUUUGAUGAAGGACAACUGUUACCACUUACGUAGGCACAUCUGGAAUGACGUCAACGAGGAUUGGCCGUUCUACACUGAAGAGGAAAAACGCAUGCUCAAGAGGCGGAAACCUCAAAACUUAACUCCCCCGCUGAGCAGCGACUCGGCGCAGUCGCUGUCGCCGCGCGCGUCCCCCGGCGCAAAGCGAGCCCCCGCGCCCCCCGGCCCGCCCGCCGCCGCCCUCGGGGACGACGCCCCCGCCGUUAAGAAGCAACGCAUCUCGCACUACCGCCGCCCCUCGCCGCCCUCGUCCGGGUACGCCACCACCUCGUCGGGGGAGCGGCACGCAUCCGACAACGAGGAUGAACGGACGACAACGCAGGUUAAAAAGGACAACGGUUACACCCUUAACUUUACCACAGUCAAGGAAAUCUGUCCCAGUCCUCCGGUCAAACCGAACGGCUUUAGAAGUAGUCCCCCCGUAGAGCAAACUAAUAUCACAGAAAAAGACAUCACAAAUACGGAACCCUUAGAAAAUACUGAAUUAACGUCUGUGCCUGACGAGAAUACGACUGAUUUAGAUGAGAUCGAAAGGCGAUACCCGCCGAUCACGAGUUCGGGUAUGCGACGGGCCUACAAAAACGAAUUCGCCGAACUGUACACGGAGUACAGAGAGUUGUACGCGAGGGUUGCGCAGGUUGCGGCGCUGUUCACUAGGCUCGAGAACGAACUCAAACGGGCGCAACCCAUGUCGCCUCACCAUCAGAGCAUAGAGCAACGCAUCGUCGAGGAAUACAGACGCGUCAGCAACGACGCCGCCUACCAACACGAGCGGCGGAGGGUCAACUAUCUAGACAAGAAACUAACUCAUCUCAAACGUAUGGUGCACCAGUACGAUCAGCUAUCUGUAACGCAUUUAAAGGACUACGGAGAGAUUCCACGCAACCUGAAGCAGGAUCGCGUAUCGACGGCGAGUACGACUCAGGCGUACUGACAAUCGAGCAACGCCGCGCCCGCCGCCCGCAGCCUAUAGUGCGACGCGACCUCGCACUGCGCGACCUCACACUACGCGCCCCGCACUACGCGCCCUCGCACUACGCGCUGGACAAUGUAACCGACCAAAACGAAAGGUACAGCGGAAUAACAAGCGAUGCUACAAAUAAAUACAUUUUAUAAAAAAAUCCGUUUUAAAUUCGACGUUACAAUCCGCAUUACAGUAUAUAUUAUUAUUUAAUGACGCAUUUAAGGCUUUUUAGUAAACUCUAAUAAAGAUCAAGUCAUCAAUCAAAAAUUUGUUUAUUACAGUCAUUAGUACGAGUGUAUUGUGUUUGUGACCAUAGCUUGUUCUUCCCCUGGUCCCUUCGAAUAAUAAUGUUCUUCUUUUAUACGAAGUGGCUCCCGUACAGUGACAGAUGUUAAGCUUUUUUUAAAUAUAUUAUAGUACAUAUAUAGAUAUAUUAAUAUUAUUAUUAUUAUUAUUCAUGUGCGUUUGUGGUCUGCGACUCGACGGUUCUGACGAAGCCGCGCUGACUCUUCGGAAUGCCUUUUCAAAUGUCAUUUUGUGUUACAACGCUUUUUUUUUAAUGUCACACUUUAUAUUUAAUCUGUGUUUCUAAACGUUCAGGCCGAAUUGAGAAAUUUCAGUGAUAAAAGUAAUGAAUGCAUAAUGUUAGCGAAUAGUUUUGAAAUAUGUAUUUUAUUAAUAUGAAAAUCGUAUUGUUUUUUUUUUAACUCUGCAGUUAUGUAAGAUUUCUGUAGAUGUAUUCACGUCGAAUUUCUGUGUUGAGAUUGUGAAACAACGCGUUGCGAAUCUUUCUGCUGUUUUAGUUAUUAGGCAGGUUUGACGAAAGCGGUGAUUACAUCUUUUAUUUUUUAAUUAUCUCAUAUUACAAUUUCAUAUUCACAAAAUUUGAACGCAGUGUCAAUAUUUACCUUUAGGCCUUUUGAAUACACGAUUUAACACAACCGGUAUUAUUAUAAACUGAUAUUAUUGUGAAUUUAUCUCACAAUAAUUCCAGUUCUUUACAAAGCAAUUCGUUUUUACGGCGGCAUUGUGAAAACUCGUGACACAAUGGACAGUUAAACGUUUUGGUUGCGAUGUGUGUGUAUUGUAAAGAAAAUGGCGUGAGGCUUUAAAAAUAUUAGACGUUGCAGUUACCUCGCUAUUAUCAGGGGUCUUAGUAAAUUACGAAAAAUCGAGAUUAUAGCGUUAAUGAACUUGGCCCUGUAUGAUAUUUAUGUAUUGAUGAGACACGCGGCGACCUGCCAAAUUGGCCGCCUCUAGACGUCGAUGUUAAGGUAACCGUAAGACAAUUGACCGACGCUAUUACGGACGACAAAAUCACACUAAUAUACUUUACUAUCUCAAAAACGGACGUUGUUAUUGUUUUAUUCAAUAUCACCGAAUCCUGACCACGGUCCGCUGUGGCUUGCUAAAUGUAUGAGAAUCACUGUUAUUAGUUAUGCCAAUUGAAGACGUGAGUGGAUAAAGGGGAUUUCGAUACAAUUUGUUAAUUUUGAGAAAACUGGUAACAAACUUGUACUUUUUUUCGUACAUAACUCCUUCAUCACAUGCAAUUUCUGAAAAUAGCCUUUAA